AUGGCUGAAUUACACAAGAAACGACGCCUCUCGGAGGACGAGAGCCCAGAAAUCAAAGUCGAGGCCAGUACACCCGCCACCGAGGCCUCGGCAGCACAGAACAAGAGAACUCUUUUCGUCCGUUCACUACCUACCUCAGCCACGACAGAGAGCCUCGCAGAACAUUUCUCGCAGUCCUACAUUAUCAAGCACGCUGUUGUCGUCUAUGACAAAGAGACGAAGGUGUCCAAGGGAUUUGGUUUUGUUACGUUCGCCGAUGUCGAGGAUGCGGAGAGCGCUCUGAAGGAAUUCAACGGGUCCAAGUUUGACGGGAAAAUUAUUCGCGUCGACUAUGCCGAGUCUCGUAAGCGCGAGAUCGAUGAAAAGAUUGGACGCAGUGUCCCCACUGCUGCAUCCCGCGAGAUCAAGAAGCAGAAGGAAGAAGAGAGAGGGGCAAGGCCUGCCACCCAAGCUGAUCGUUCGCAAUCUGCCAUGGACUUUGGAAAGGUGAAGUAUGUUACUCUCCCAAAGAGGAACGGCAAACUUUCUGGUUUCGGUUUCAUCACCAUGCGUGGCAGAAAGAACGCCGAGAGGGCGCUCCAGAUGAUUAACGGAAAGGAGAUUGAUGGACGUCAACUCGCUGUCGAUUGGGCUGUCGAAAAAGACGUUUGGGAAACCACCAAGAAAGAAGACGAGCAGGUGGAGGAGCAGAAGGAAGAGAAGGAGUCUGAGGAUGUUGAGAUGGAAGAUGCCGAGGGUGUUCUGGAAGAGCCUUCAGACGACGAAACUUCUUCCGACGAAGACGAAGACGACGAUGAGGACAAGGACUUGGAUGAGCUGGAUGAACUUGACGACGAGGAAGAAGAAGAGGAGGAUGAUCGAAAUGCCACUACAGUCUUCAUUCGAAACCUCCCCUUCACCGCCACAGACCAGACCCUCUACGACCACUUCAAAACUCACUUUGGGCCGUUACGAUAUGCACGUGUGGUCCUGGACUACGAGACUGAGCGCCCUCGAGGGACUGGAUUCCCCCCCCGAGGAACGGAAUCUAUGGCCCCGAAUAAGGACAAGCCCAAGUCGAACACCGCCAUGAAACACUCAGUCCUCAACGAUGAAAACUCCGACCCCAGCGGCCGCUACACCCUGGAUGGCCGCGUCCUACAAGUCGCACGGGCCGUGAGCAAGGGUCAGGCCAGCAAGCUGGAAGAGGAGGGAGCAUCACGCCGUUUGGUCCGCGACACGGACAAGCGUCAUCUGUACCUCCUCAACGAGGGUACGAUCCCCUCCAACUCUCCCUUGUACAAGAAGCUCUCGCCCUCCGAAAUCAAGAUGCGUGAAGACAGCUACAAGCAGCGAGAGACCUUCAUCAAAAAGAACCCAGCCCUCCACCUCAGUCUCACCCGUCUCGCCAUUCGUAACCUCCCCCGUCACAUCGACUCCAAGGUAUUGAAGCAGCUUGCACGAGAGUCCGUUGUCGAAUUCGCCAAGGAUGUCAAGGCGGGUAAGCGCCAGCCGCUCUCAAAAGAGGAGCAGCAGCGGUCCCGCGAUACCAUGAAGGAGCUAGAACAGCUGCGCAAGCAGAAGAAGAUGGGUAUUGUGCGCCAGGCCAAGGUCGUCUUCGAGACUCGCGAGGGUACCAAGGUUUCCGAGAAGAGUGGUGGUGGUCGCAGUCGUGGCUAUGGAUUCAUCGAGUUCUUCACUCACCGUCAUGCGCUGAUGAGUUUGCGCUGGCUGAACUGCCACUCCAUGGCAGUUCCUCCUUCUACCCAGACCCCCGAGGACCGGGACAAGAAGAAGAGCCUCGUUGUUGAAUUUGCCAUUGAGAACGCCCAGGUUGUCAAGCGCCGCAAUGAGCUGCAGGCUAAAUCCCGCGAGCCCAAGCGUGAGGAUUAUGCUGAGCCAAAGGGAGACAAGGGUCAGAAGAGGAAGCGCUCCGAUACCCGCGAUGGUAGAGGAAAGGAUGGAAGAGAUGCACGAGGUGGACGAGAUGGUCGCAAUGGUAAAGAUGCAAGAGACGCGAAGCGUACCAAGACUGGAAAUGGAAAUGGCGCCAAAGAUGAGAAGGUGAACGAAGAUGAGGACAAGGCCGCUAAGCGCAACCGCAUUAUCGGACAAAAGCGCAUGAAGCGCAAGUCUCGCAAGGGGAAUUAA